AAACUAGACAAGGGCAAGACCGUCUUUUCACUUCGCUCUCGCUAGCUCGCUCUCAAUUCUAGCUCGUUUUCAUUUCUAGGGUUUCGCUCAACGCCUCUCGCUUUCUCUCUCUCAAUUCUUCACUCGUUUUGUUUCUUGGAAUUUCAGAUUCUCUGAUUUUUCGUAUUGGAUGAUUAAGGUCUCUACAGCGUAUUUCGUUGCGGCAAUUUAAUCAAUUAAUACAAAAAGGACCUCAAUUCACUUGAACUUCAAGAAAUUACCUUUCAAGUGAGUCCCUUCAAUAUUGUAAACUACCUCUUGAGUGGAAGCUCUUGUCCACAAGUACUCAACGAUGUUGCUUGGUUGUACCAUUGCUCAUCUAAACAACACUGUUUGGAUUCAUUGCCAUGAUGACAUUCAAUACAAGCAGGUUGUGCUAAGGCUUGGGAUAUCCUUGAAGCUUAUUUUGGACUUAUAUCAGAGAGAAAAUGGGUUAUAUUGGGUCUCACGGUGUUGCAGCUUUGCACAAAUAUAAAUAUAGUGGAGUAGAUCAUUCCUACGUGGCCAAAUAUGUACUGCAACCCUUUUGGACUCGCUUUGUUAAUUUUUUCCCCCUAUGGAUGCCUCCAAACAUGAUAACUCUUAUGGGAUUUAUGUUCUUAUUAGUGUCUGCAUUGAUUGGUUAUAUAUACUCUCCACAUUUGGACUCAGCUCCUCCAAGAUGGGUUCAUUUUGCCCAUGGACUACUUCUGUUUUUAUACCAGACAUUUGAUGCUGUUGAUGGGAAGCAAGCUAGACGAACAAAUUCCUCAAGCCCAUUAGGAGAGCUCUUUGAUCAUGGGUGUGAUGCACUUGCUUGUACGUUUGAAUCAUUGGCUUUUGGGAGCACAGCCAUGUGUGGAAGAGGUACUUUCUGGUGGUGGUUAAUAUCUGCAAUUACAUUUUAUGGUGCAACUUGGGAGCACUAUUUCACCAAUACACUUAUACUGCCCGUUAUAAAUGGGCCCACAGAGGGUUUGAUGAUAAUAUACAUCUGUCACUUUUUCACUGGUAUCGUGGGUGCUGAGUGGUGGGCUCAGCCAUUUGGAAAGUCUUUGCCAUUUUUAAGUUGGCUUCCUUAUCUUGAGGGAAUCCCAACAUUCAAAGCUGUAUUGUGUUUGAUGAUAGCUUUUGGUGUUACCCCGACAGUUACAUGCAAUGUUACUAAUGUCUAUAAGGUUGUGAAGGCAAGGAAUGGAAGCAUGCCACUUGCACUGGCAAUGCUUUACCCGUUUGUUGUACUUGUGGGAGGAGUUCUUAUGUGGGAUUAUUUGUCACCAUCAGACAUCAUGGGGAGAUAUCCACAUUUAGUUGUUAUUGGGACAGGACUUACUUUUGGAUACCUUGUGGGAAGGAUGAUUUUGGCUCAUUUAUGUGACGAACCUAAGGGUUUAAAAACUGGCAUGUGCAUGUCCCUCGUGUAUCUCCCAUUGGCCAUUGCUAAUGUCCUUGCAUCAAGGCUGAAUGACGGGGUUCCUUUAUUAGAUGAGAGACUAGUUCUUCUUGGUUACUGUGCAUUUUCAGUGGCACUUUACUUGCAUUUUGCCACAUCAGUCAUUCAUGAAAUUACCAAUGCCCUGGGAAUAUAUUGUUUCAGGAUAACUAGGAAGGAAGCUUGAAUCUACUACCCAGAAUUUCCUUUCGCUUGCAAGUCAAGCCAAAUUCUGGCCAGGCUUUGGUCAGUACUAAUUUUGCUUUAUUUGACAAAUUUGAACUAACUUGGAGCUUGUAAUUAUAUGCUGAUUCACAGAUAGACUAGGAGAUCUAUUUGUUGAGUGUUUGAAUUCAACCACUAUAAAUAUUUAUUUUAAUUUUGAAUAUGACAAAAAAAUCUGCAUAUUAUCCUUUGAUA